AUGAACAGCGGACCGUUAACUUACAUAUCCGAGGAACAAGAUCUGAAGACCUUGACCCCCUCAAUGUUUCUUCAGGACAUUCCAUUAAAUUAUGUUCCUGAUUUGGAUCAAAUUGAAAAGACUAAUAUUGUUUUGAGAUGGAGACAUAUUCAAAAGGUUCGUGAAAAUCUAAAACGAAGGUUUAAAAGGGAGUAUCUGGGUUUCCUUCGUUCUUCAGUUAACAAAAGAGAAGAUAAAAUACAUGUAGGUGACAUAGUGUUAAUUGGGACAGAUGAUAAAAAAAGGCUCCAUUGGCUGCUAGGGAGAGUACUGGAACUCUUUCCAGGAAAAGAUGGAAUCAUCAGACUUGUGAAACUGCGAACUGAAAAGGGAAACAUAUUAAGACCAAUCCAACGACUGUACCCUUUGGAAUUGACCCCAAAUUACGAGCAAGUCGUAUCGGAACCUCAGAAGGUUCCGGAAGUGAUAGCUGAAAAAGAGCUUAAUACUGACUCUAAUGAAACUGUUCGCGUGUCUCGCUCAGGACGAAAAAUAAAACUAGUUAAAAGACUGGAUUUAUAA